AUGCGGCAGCCUGAUACGGCGGCGGCAAACGGGAGGACGCGUGGCCACCUCGGGGCUGCUCGAAAGGGGAUGGGUCUUGGCGGCCGACUCUCCGUCUUCAACUUCGACUUCAUCUUCAACUUCACGUCUUCCCUCACAUCGCAUCCCCUCACUCACCCAUCAUCAACACCACCACCACAACGAUCACAGAGGUCAAAGCGCUGCCCGAAUACACAGAGAGAGCAGAUCAGAGUAUACGACGACGACAUUGACGGCGCACUUAGACCGGUAACCGACGGGCUCGCUGUCUUCACCAUGGCCGCGAUGGGAGAGUUACCUCUACCUUCGUCCGCAUUGUCACCACUCACAAACCAGACCCAGUCCUACGACCCUGAUAUGGACUCCUUCCUCAACCUCGACCAGACCAUGUAUCCCUCUCCCUCCGUCUCGCCAUCAAACUCGGACAUGAAGUCCUCUGCCAAACACAACUUCAUCCAUCACCAGCAACAGCAGCAGCAGCAGGUCUCUACACUGCCGCCUGCGAUCUCAAGCCCACAGCAGGAGCAGUAUCGCGGACCCAGUCACCAGUACAGCUCCUACACACAGCAGACUGGCCUGCCGCCAGGUGGCCUUGCCAGCACGAUUGCCAUCAACAACAACAACAACGUCAACUUCGGACUGGAGAACAUGGGCAUGGUUCACCCCAUGGACGGAAUCUAUGGUCGCAUCGGACAGCCGCUUCACUCUCUUCCCGCGCUUCCAAUGAAGGAUUCGACUGAGAUGGACCUCGACGACAGCAUGGCCGACUCUCAGACAUAUCUCAUGCCUUCCCAGGCUACCAAGACCCAUGUCAGCAGUCAAGACGAUGGCGAACAGUCCAACGGUCUACCCCAGCCAGCCAAGUAUAGAAAGGAUGAACAGGAUAUGGACGAGGACGAGCGAUUACUCGCUAGUGAGGAGGGAAAGAAACUCAGCAGCAAAGAACGACGACAGCUCCGUAACAAGGUCUCUGCUCGCGCUUUCCGAUCACGACGAAAAGAAUACAUUGGCCAGCUUGAAGGUGAAGUCGCUGCCAAGACCAACGAGGCCAACGAGUUGCGACUCCGCAACAACGCCCUCACCGAAGAAAAUGCUAGACUCAGCAACUUCACACGCAUGCUUCUCUCGUCUCCCCACUUCACUCCCUUACUCAACGAACUCACCGCCAAUGGAAUCCCACCAAACCUCGGUGGCCAAGGUCAGGGUGCCGUCCCACAGCUCCCCAGCCAGCCUACCGUGACCAAGGAGGAAGGCAUCGAGCAACUUCCCCAGGAGAUCUCCCUGCCAAACCUCCAGACUGGCUUGCCCGUUGUCCCUGAACAAGGGUUCGACUUCUCCUCCAUCGACGUCGGUGACCAGGGCUGGAACUCGGGGAUCGACUUCAACUUCGCCAACCCGUCCGUCUUUCCCGUCCUCGAUGUCCCCACCGGACCAUCCCUUGAUAUGGAGGCCAUCACUGGCAAGAGCUCUAACUUUGUCGGGCCACUCCCAUCCGAUGAAUCCAAGGACGUCAUCCCUUCCAUUGAUGCCGUCCCAUUCGGUGUUGAGAAAGUCGAGACUUCCAAGGAAUCUUCUUCCAUCUCUACUGCUGACCUCGACAUUGACGAGACCGAUCCAUCCUUCGCCCUCUUCAUCGACCAGCCAACCACCGUCUCUAAGCCUAGCUCCGACAACCUCUUCAGGGGCGUUCAGCUCGAUAACAUCUCUGCCAAGUUCGACCUCGUCGUCGAGGGCUCUACCACCGACAGCACAUCCAAAGAAGUAAGCCCAGCUGCCAGACGAGACUUUGAGAGGCUAUGUGCUAGCAUCGAAGCACCCUUCCACCACAUUUCCCAACUUACUGCGCACCUUGAAUAA